UUUAUAACCGUUACUUCUAAUCAUAUAUAUAGUGUAUUUACUAGUAAUGAUACGAUGUGCAACCGAUUCCCAAUGGGGAAAUUUCCCAGAAAAAUCUCAACGAUGAUUCAUUUUUCACUUCUCUACUUAACAGCUCAUAGUUAAUUAUAUUAUAAUAUAUUAUAAAUUACAUACAUAUUUAUUAUACGUAUAGUGUAUUAUAUACGUUAUAUAGUAGUGCUUGUAUUUUAUUAGUAUGACAGUCAGACAGUUCACCGUUAAGGUACCUGCCUCAUCAGCCAAUAUCGGGCCGGGUUUUGAUGUGCUUGGUAUUGGCUUGCAAUUAUACUUAACGUUGAAUGUUACUGUAGACUCAUCAAAAGAUACGAGUACUGAUCCUCACAAUGUUAAAUUGAUAUAUGAUGGAAAUUUAGCUGAAAAGGUACCAUUAGAAUCAGAUAAAAAUCUUGUAACUCAAACUGCCUUAUAUAUCUUACGAGCUAAUGGAAUUAAUAGUUUUCCAAAAGGUACUAUUAUUCAUGUUAAUAAUCCUAUUCCAUUAGGUAGAGGUUUGGGAUCUUCAGCAUCUGCUAUUGUGGGAGGUAUUCUUUUGGGUAAUGAGAUUGGAGAACUUAAAUUAUCCAAACAAAGAUUAUUGGACUAUUGUUUGUUGAUCGAAAGACAUCCUGAUAAUAUUGCAGCUGCCAUGUUAGGAGGAUUUGUGGGAUCAUAUCUUAAUGAUCUUUCACCAGAAGAUCAAGAUCAUGUGAAUGUACCCUUAGAAUAUGUGCUCCCUAAAGCUACUACCCCUAAGGAAAAGUAUAUUAGUGUUCCACCACCAGUUGAUAUUGGAGAGUAUGUUAAGUAUGACUUCAAUAAACACAUUAAAUGUGUAACUAUCAUCCCUAAUUUCGAAGUAUCUACUGAUGAUGCUCGUCAAGUACUUCCUGAUUCAUACUCCAGAAAGGAUAUUAUAUAUAAUUUACAGAGAUUAGCCAUUUUAACUACUGCUUUAACCCAAUCUGAAGUUAAUCAUAAACUUAUUUAUCAAGCUAUGAAGGAUAAAUUACAUCAACCAUAUAGAUCAGGAUUAAUUCCAGGAUUAACUAAAGUAUUAUCCAGUGUCAACCCUGAUACACAUCCCGGUUUAUGUGGGAUUUGUUUAUCAGGAGCAGGACCAACAAUUUUAUGUUUAGCUACUGAUAACUUUGAUCAAAUUGCUGAUGCUGUCAUUGCCAUUUUCAAAUCAGCUGGUGUAGAAUGUUCAUGGAAGUUAUUAGAUUUAGCUCAUGAAGGAGCCAUUGUAGAGACUGAUGUGUAAUAUAUAAAUACUAAAAGUAAUAAAAUUAGAAGUCAUUGAUGAGAGUUUUGUAGGAUCAUUUAACAUACCUUUAUUUUAGUUUAACAUAACUUAACAGUUAACACUACAUAUAAUUACAACCAACUAAAUCUACUACAAAUCUUAUACUAAUGUAAAUACUACACA